AUGAUUCUGGUCACAACUCGGUUUGAAGCAGUAGCGCAGAAGGUUGAAACACCUUGCCAGUCAAUAAAGCUGAAUGGUUUAGAAUCUGAAGAGUUUAGAAAGUUAUUCCUUGCAUUUGUCUUUGGUGAUGAGCAAUAUCCAAGGGACAAACAAUUUUUGCUUGAGACUGGAGAUAAGAUAAUGGAAAAACUAAAGGGUUCCCCUCUUGCAGCAAAAACAGUUGGUAGAUUACUGAGUAAAGACCUUAGUUUGCAUCACUGGAAAAGGGUCUUAAAAAGUAAAGGAUGGGAGAAGCAGACCGAUGACAAUGAAAUUAUGCCUGCCUUGAAGCUUAGCUAUGACUUUCUUCCUUUUCAUCUGCAACAGUGCUUUGCCUAUUCUGGAUUGUUUCCUGAAGAUUACAAUUUCAGAAGUGAUGAGCUGAUCAGUCUAUGGAUCGGACUAGAUAUUUUGAUACCCAAUGGCCAAAACCAAACAUUUGAAGACAUAGGUCUGAGCAAUUUAAAUGAGUUAGUCACGCAUGGAUUUUUCAGAGAAGAGGAAACCAAGUAUGGUCUACGUUAUGUUAUGCAUGACCUAUUGCAUGAUUUGGCAUUGAAGGUUGCAUCACAUGAUUGUCUUAGUUUAUGUCUCUCUGAUGUUGGACCAGUGGAAGCUCAGCCAUCCGUCCGUCACUUGUCUAUAAGCACAGGUGGCUUAGGUGAAUAUGAUGCAGUGUCUGGUGAAAAAUUGAAGAGUAAAUUGGAAGAACUGAACACAAGAUUUAAGGCUGGACAUUUGCAAACAUUGAUGUUAUUUGGAAAAAUGGAUGAAGGUUUUGUCAAGAUAUUUGGUGAUUUUUUGGGGGAAGCGAACACUCUUCGUGUUCUUCAUUUGCCCGAAAUGCUUUGUCCCAUGGAGUUCAUGUUACAUAACUUUUCAGGACUUCUCCACCUACGAUACCUAUGUCUAGGGACACAUGACAACCAGAUGCAUUUACCACUUAGCAUCUCUAAAUUUUAUCAUUUAAGGAUUCUAGAUCUUAAAUGGUGGAACGGCAGUCGUGAUUUUCCUGAUGACAUGAGCAACCUUGCCAAACUGUGCCAUUUUUAUGUCCCAAGUGAUGGCCAGCUUCAUUCUGAUAUUUAUAAUGUGGGUAAACUUAAACUCUUAGAAGAGUUGAAGGUAUUUCAAGUCAAUAAAAAAAGUGAAGGGUUUGAACCAAAGCAACUAGAGCACUUGACCAAGCUAAGGGAGCUUGGCAUCUACAACCUUGAGAAGAUAGAUACAGCAGAAGAAGCAGCUCAAGCAAAACUGAUGGAGAAAAAUUACUUGAGGAGGUUAACAUUGGACUGGGAUAGUAAGCUAUCUAGUGUUGCGCCUGGUGUGCAAGCAGCAGUUCUUGAGAGCCUACAACCACAUGGAGAUCUUCAAGUGUUGUGCAUUAGAGGGCACGGAGGUCCUUAUCCAACAUGGCUGGGUGAUGAGUUCGCUGUUGAGGGUCUACAAUCUCUUCAUCUUUAUGGUGUUUCUUGGGAAGUUUUCCCUUCUUUAGGGAAGGCGUGGGAUCUUCGUGAAUUAUGUUUUGAGGAUAUUGACAGUCUGAAGGAGUUUAUCAUAGUGAAAAGCUUUUGCAUGCUAGCAAAGGUUGAACUCAUUGGCCUAGGAAAUUUUGAAAAAUGGGUUUACCCAGCUGAACAAGAGUCUUUUGUUGGUGGAGACGUGUUGCCACCGGAUGCUCAUAUGUUCCCUCUUUUGCAAGUUCUGGUUAUUAGGAACUGCCCGAAACUGUCGGGGUUGCCUUUUUCAACCCAUGUUGUUUCCCUAGAUUGGUUCCCCAAGCUACAAGAGCUUCAGGUACAUUACUGUCCCGAAUUCUUGCCAGUGAUUCCCAUCUCCUGGAUCGAAAAUCUGCGUUCUGUCACAAUGAAAUGUGUAAAGAUGCUAAAGGAGUUUGCAUACCCAGAAUCAUCCGGUGGAGCAGAAUUGAAAAUUACCGGAGAGGGUGAUCUGCUUAGCUUAGACAAAGUGCUGGUUUUUGAUAAACAAACAAAUCUUGCAAAACUGAGACUCGAGAGGUGCCCACCUCUGGAGUUGAAGCAUCUUCUGAUGCUAACAUCGCUGAAGACAUUGCUUGUAGAAGAUUCAGUUGGUCUAGUUGGACCACUAGGAGGAGGUCAGAGUGAUGUGGAAUGGCAGCUCCCUAUUGAGCAUAUCUGGAUCAACAACUUAAAUGGUAAUACUGGCGAGGAAUUGACAGAGCUCCUCCCCUACCUCCCAAAGCUCUCCAAAUUAGUAAUAUGGGAGUGCAACAAUAUAAAAAAGCUGGUAGUGGGGGUGGAUGUGCAACAAACAACACAAGAAGCAUCAGAGAUGGGGGGAGGUGAAAUAACAGCAGCAACAGAGGAAGAGUAUGAUGGGGUGCUGCUCUUCCCAGCUCAUCUCUGUGACUCGCUACAGGAAUUGAAGUUCAGGGGCUGCAAAGAGCUUGUUCCUGGUGCAGGAGGGCUCGAAGCUUUGCGAUCCCUCCAGAGAUUAACAAUACAGGGGUCCCCAAAGUUUGUAUCCACCUUCUCCUUUUCCUGUCACAUUUUCCCUUCCUCCCUGCAGUUUCUGGAGCUUUGGGAUGUGAAAGGCAUGGGGACACUGGAGCCUCUCUCAAACCUCUCCUCUCUUAUCAGUUUAGAAUUGCAAGGUUGUGGAGAGGAUCUGAAAUGUCAGGGCUUGUGGUCUCUCCUUAUCACCGGGGGCCAUCUCAAGGAAUUAAUAGUCUUGGGCAGCCCUAGUUUCUUUGCUGAUUGGGAUCCCAAUCCCAGACGGGCUUUGGAGGAUGCUGAGGGAGGUGAAGAGCAGCAGACACAACUUGUUUCAUCCACACUGCAUUGGCUCGUGACAGAUGACAUAGCAGGACUUCUUGCUGCACCCGUCUGCAGAUUCCUCUCUUCCUCCUUCACCGAGCUGACACUUGUGGGGGAUUCGUGUGAAGGGAUGGAGCGGUUCAGCAAGGAGCAAGAGGACGCCCUUCAACUCCUCUCCUCCCUCCAGGAACUAGUGUUUUUGGAUUUCAAGGACCUUCAACAACUUCCUGCAGGGCUGUGUAACGUUACUAGCCUCAAGAUGUUAUCAGUCCACUACUGUCCAGAUCUCUCGUCAUUGCCCAACGAUGCCUUCCUGGGUUCACUGGAAAAGCUACGUGUCUGCAACUGCAGCAAGGAGCUAAUGGACAAGUGUAGGGGGUUAGUAGGAACCAUCCCAGAUAUCUGGAUAUUCUGA